GAGAGAUAGAGAGAGAUAGAUACCUUAGGUUCUGUGUAUCCCGAACAGUCGAGAAGAAAGAAAGAAAGAAGACCAUCAUCUACCCGUCCAUCCCGUCCAACCAUCCAUCCCACCUUACUUCCACACUACACUACCUCACUCCGUACAUUACAUGCUCAGCUCGCUUUCGUUCUCGUGCGACUUGCAGAAAACUUGGCAGCAGAAGCAACAACAACACCACCAUCCUCGUUCACGAACGACGGCGGGAUUCCAACGUUGGAAUCUUCUCUUUCGUGGGAUAAUUAGCACUCCAUUGGUUCCAACCGCGCCGCUCACGUCGAUGCCUACCUAUCUCUAGGUAUCUUCGGAUAUUCAUCACAGCAUCCACAGCUUUACUCUACGCAUUAUCCAACCCACCCCACCAUUGUCUGUGGUUUGUCUGUUGUCGCCGACCAAAGCGUCUCACAUUCCCCCAACCGAACCGACAUCCAGCCAGUCCCUCAUUCAGCAGCAUCCUCCACCAAUUCUCGUCCUCAUCCAAAACCCCCCGCCGACCUAUCAACAGGUCCGAGUACCCAGUGUUCCUGCGAGCAUAGGCCAUAAACUGCCUUACCUUUCUUUACCUAUCCUUCUCCUUUGGCUCCGGAGUGCGGCAUACGGAUAACAAGCCCGUCCCUUGUGCUUGACCACCAGCUGCUCCAUUCUUUACCUUACAUUACCUCCCCACGAGAGACGGAGUACGGGAUCCAGGACACGCUCAUAUAAACUCAGACUAUCUUACGAGGAAGUGGGGAACCCAAGCAACCUUGCCUGGCCCGCGUUCCAGAGGUGUCCAUAAUAGCAUCCUUUUACGGAUACAGUUGCUCUCCAGCUAGGUUCGUGUGCGUGUGAGUGAAGCCGAGCUUCCUUACUGCUCUGCAACAUGUCGGACGCUGGCGAUAGCACCCACAAGCGGUCAAAGUCGGCCGCUGCCCUCUCACUCCUCCGACGAAAUCACUCCCGCAGCGAAGAAGAUCCAUCCACCACGGAUGACGGUGCGCCGCUGACGUCGCCACCUUCUACAGCGGCUUCCGCGACAAACAUAUCCAUGGCUCAAAACGUCCCCCGCGGCAACGGGGCCAACAGGCUCUCCAUCUCCCCUUCCAUGGGCCGAACCCCUUCCCACAACAGCCCCCCCUCCGCAACCGCAUCUACAUCCGCAUCCAAGAUGAGCGUCGCAGGCAGCGAAAAGGGCGUCUCCCUCGAGCAGUCUGUUCGCAAGUUCCGCAUCGUCGAGGCUCUGCGAAGCGGCGACACUGCUUCUAUUUCCAAGGCCAUCAGGGAUACCGCCGAGGGCGGGCCCCGCACGAGCAUCUCCUCCAUCAAUACCCUCAGCGGCACCGGCCUCGACGACACCACCGUCCUUCACCUCGCGAUCCAAUGCGCCGAAUACCCCGUUGUCGAGUACGUCUUGUCUGACGGCGCUGGAACCAUCGAUAUCAACGCCAGAGACAAGGACGGCAAUACCCCGCUGCACGUAGCCGCCGUCCAGGGUCGGACCCAAGUUGUCAAGCUCUUGCUCGACCAGAAGGAGAUCAACGAUGCCAUCGCCAACUACCAGGGCCGACUGCCCAUUGACGUCGCUCGAAACCCCGAUAUUUUCCAGCUUCUCCAGCUGUCGCGAUCCAUUUUUGCCGAGAACAAGGUUAGACAGAUCCAGGGCCUGAUUGCGCAGAACGACUACAAGGCUCUCGAGACUGUAUUGGAGGAGUCACGCCUCAAACAAAUCCUCGACAUCAACAGCACAGAAUUCGUUACCGAACCCACAACCCUCCAGGCCGGCGGAAACCUUCUCCACGAGGCCGCCCGCAAGAAGAACACCCAGCUCAUCCAGGUCCUCCUGCUCCAUGGAGCCGAUCCCUUCCGUCGAGACCGCAAGGGCAAGCUCCCGCAGGAUGUGACAAAGGACGAUACCACACGCGCUAUGCUCAAGCGAUCCCCCGCUGCCGUUGCGGCUCAGAGAGGCAUCCAGGAGAAAGCCGUUCUCGGCCAGGCGGCUUCACAGGGCGCUGGAGCCGCGGCCUCUGCCGAUCCUGUGGCUGGGAAGGAGGCGAGAGAGAUGAAGGGCUACUUGAAGAAGUGGACCAACUACCGCAAGGGAUACCAGCUUCGAUGGUUCGUUCUCGAGGACGGCGUUCUGAGCUACUACAAGCACCAGGACGAUGCUGGCUCCGCUUGCCGUGGCGCCAUUAACACGCGCAUUGCCAAGCUGCACAUGAGCGCUGACGAGAAGACCAAGUUCGAGAUUAUCGGCAAGUCUUCUGUCAAGUACACCCUCAAGGCCAACCACGAGGUCGAGGCGAAGCGUUGGUUCUGGGCCCUCAACAACUCUAUCCAGUGGACAAAGGACCAGGCAAAGGAGGAAGAGCGCCAGCGCGCUCGCGGCGCCGAGCUUCUGAGGCAGGCCAAGGCAGAGCAAUCUGGAAAGUCGCCAGAGCUGUCCAUCAACGAGGCCCAGAGCGAGAGCGCCAGCGUGGCCGAUGGAAGAAGCAGUGUGCAGAUCCCCCGGACUAUGUCGCACAGCAAGAUGUCCGUCCCCAGAAGCGACUUUGCUGGUGCAAGCACCGUCGCUAGCAACGAUGACGACUUUGCCGAUGCGGCGACAGAUGCGGGCCAAUCUCGCGUAACAAGAGGGCACCAUGGACCAGACGAUGACGAUGAUGAUGACGACUUUGAGGAUGUCAGUAGCCGUGAAGAGCCCUCUGUUAGCAAGGACGCCUUCAGCAUCACAGCUCAGUCGGCCAAGCUACAGCUCGAUACCAUUUCAGCUGUCAACGCUGCGAUGCUCUCCGAGGCCUCCAAGAACCCGAAUACGAUUGUUUCCGACACCAAGGUCACUCAGGCUCUCACAACCUACGAUGCAGCUGUCAGGAGUCUGACGGGACUUAUCGGAGACCUUAUGCGGAUUUCAAAGGAUCGCGAUGCCUACUGGCAGUACCGGCUGGACCGCGAAAUCGACAUGCGCCGCAUGUGGGAGGAGAGCAUGGCCAAGGUUGCCAAGGAGCAGGAGAUCCUGGAGGAGAGAGUUGACCAGGCUGAGCAGAAGCGCAAAGCUGCCAAGCGUGCGCUGCGCGAAGUUAUGAACGAGCAGCCAACGGCCUCUAGCCAGGACCUCGAGGGUGACAGAAAGGUAGAUGGUACUGCGACAGUUGAGGCCGCCGUCGGUGCCGACGACACGAACAUCGCAGCCCCACCAGCGGCGCCUGAGAGGACCUUGACAAGGAAGAAGACGGUUCUUGAUUCGCUUGAGCUGUCUGACUCUGAGUCGGAUGAUGAGGAUGAGUUCUUUGAUGCAGUUGAUGCUGGAGAGGUUGAGGUCAGCCACUUGCCGCAUGCCGACGCGGUGCCUACUCCUCACGAGGAGAAGGAGGAACAGCAACUCGUUGUAUCUGGUGGCACGGAUCUCAGCAGCUCCUUCAAGGGUUAUGAGAAUGGCAUCAGAAGUCGCCUCAAGAUGGAUGCCGAUGAUCGGCCCAAGAUUUCACUUUGGGGUAUUCUCAAGUCCAUGAUUGGCAAGGAUAUGACAAAGAUGACUUUGCCUGUGUCAUUCAACGAGCCUACCUCUCUGCUAUACCGCGCUGGUGAGGACAUGGAAUACGUCGACCUUCUGGACCAAGCUGUGGAGCGAUCUGACUCGAUUGAACGUCUCAUCUAUGUGGCUGCCUUUGCCGCUAGUGAAUACGCUUCUACUGUCGGUCGUGUGGCGAAACCCUUCAACCCGCUUCUUGGAGAGACUUUUGAAUACGUCCGGCCUGACAAGAACUACCGCUUCUUUAUUGAGCAGGUUUCUCACCAUCCUCCAGUGGGUGCCGCCUGGGCUGAAUCACCCCACUGGACCUACUGGGGUGAAUCGGCUGUCAAGACAAAGUUCUACGGCAAGUCCUUUGACGCCAAUCCUCUUGGAACGUGGUUCUUGAAGCUUCGACCCAAGUCUGGAGGCAAAGAAGACCUUUACACCUGGAGAAAGGUCACGACGUCCGUCAUUGGCAUUAUCACUGGUAACCCUACUGUUGACAACUAUGGACCCAUGGAAGUCAAGAACUGGACGACUGGCGAGGUGUGCCAGAUCGAAUUCCAGCCGCGUGGCUGGAAGGCGUCUAGCGCAUACAAGAUUUCCGGCAAGGUCCUCGACUCUGACGGAAGAGUCCGCUACAGCAUGGGCGGCCGCUGGAACUCCAAGCUUUACGCUCGUCUCACGCCUGGAUACGAAGCCACGGUCGAGGAUCCUGGUGACUCGGCUUCGCUCCACAAGGGCAGCAUCACCGACCCUAACAAAGCUUUCCUCAUCUGGCAGGCCAACCCCCGCCCGCCCGGCAUUCCCUUCAACCUCACCCCCUUCGUGCUCACCUUCAACCACAUCGACGACAAGCUCAAGCCUUGGCUGCCGCCCACGGACUCUCGCCUUCGUCCCGACCAGCGCGCCAUGGAGGAUGGAGAGUACGACUUUGCUGCCGAAGAGAAGAACCGUCUGGAGGAGGCGCAGCGCGCGAGAAGAAAGCAGCGCGAGGAGAAGGGCAUCGAGUUCCGGCCCGCGUGGUUCGAGAAGACGACGUGCGAGAUUACGGGCGAGGAGUACUGGAAGUUCAACGGCAAGUACUGGCAGCAGAGAGAGAAGGCCGGUCCUGAAGGGAACCCGCAGCAGGCCUGGGAGGGCCUGGAGCCCAUCUACGAGGACGCGAAAUAGGAAGCUCGCGUCGUUCUAGGAGGUGUUCGUUCUGUCAGUGGAGGUGGGAUCGGUGGAGCCAGCAGCGGGUAUCAAGGCGUGCCGGACAAGAAGCCGCAGCAGGCGGUGCGUCUUGCGGACGGGCCGAGCGGCUUUCGGUGGACUGUUGCCGGCAAAAGGUAGAUCCCGCCUGCACUGCGUGGCGGAGAGCCAGGAUGCAAACGAUGUAACAUAGAUGAU